GGGGUGGGGGAAGAGAACUGCGGGGGUCGGCGGAAGUCUCGCGAGGCCUGUCGCUCCGCGGCUGCCGGUCGCGGAGGCUCUGAACCGGCCCGGAAUGGGGCCGAGGCGCGCGGGCUGCCGCUGCGAGCCGCCGCCGUCUGUGCAGCGCUGUGCGUCUUCUCCCUGAGCAGGCGCAGCGAGGGCGCGGAGACUGCCCCUGGGCGCCGGGAUCCCGCGGGUCCUUGUCGCCGCUGACGGCUGAGCGGGGCUGAAGCCGAGGGAGUGGAAUAGCACGCGUGGGCGAGUCCCCGAGCCCGGCUCCCUCUCUCCGUGCUCCCGCUGAGCUCCGGUCGGGACCGAGAAAUGAGCUGCACAAUUGAGAAGGCACUUGCUGAUGCCAAAGCCCUUGUCGAAAGGUUGCGAGACCAUGACGAUGCAGCAGAGUCUCUCAUCGAGCAGACCACGGCCCUCAGCAAGCGAGUGGAAGCGAUGAAGCAGUAUCAGGAAGAAAUCCAAGAACUUAAUGAAGUUGCAAGACAUCGGCCAAGGUCCACACUAGUUAUGGGAAUCCAGCAAGAAAACAGACAGAUCAGAGAAUUGCAGCAAGAGAACAAAGAACUUCGAACAUCCUUGGAAGAACACCAGUCAGCCUUGGAACUGAUAAUGAGCAAGUAUCGAGAGCAAAUGUUCCGGUUGCUAAUGGCUAGCAAGAGAGAUGACCCGGGUAUAAUAAUGAAGUUAAAAGAGCAACACUCAAAGAUUGACAUGGUACAUCGUAACAGCUGCGAAGGAUUCUUCCUUGAUGCAUCUCGGCACGUCCUUGAAGCACCUCAGCAUGGACUGGAGAGGCGGCACUUGGAAGCAAAUCAGAAUGAGUUGCAAGCACAUGUGGACCAGAUCACCGAGAUGGCAGCAGUGAUGAGAAAGGCCAUUGAAAUCGACGAACAGCAGGGUUGCAAGGAACAGGAGCGAAUAUUUCAACUUGAACAAGAAAACAAAGGCUUGCGAGAGAUCCUUCAGAUAACUCGAGAGUCCUUUCUGAACCUGCGAAAGGAUGAUGCAUCAGAGAGUACCUCUUUAUCUGCAUUAGUGACUAACAGUGACCUGAGUCUGAGGAAGAGCUGAGUGGCUUUCUGCGUGGUCACUAGGAUGGGCCCAGAAGUGAGUGGAUGAGUGAACAUAACCCCAACUUCAAUCAGCCUUUUUUCCUCUAUAGUAUGUCCAAGUACACUGGCAAAGAGACAGAACAGAAGAAUGUAUAAUCAGUGGUUGUAAACUAGAUUGCAAAAUAUAAAAGAAAGUAGAAGCUGAGCAGCGGAAUGAACAGUGAGUCUUCACGGUGCUACUGAGCACUGCAGUUUCAGAAGUGCUGUUGGCUUCAUGGGUGAUACAUGGGCCACCCUGAAUACUCCCAAUAAACGUUUGGAAAUCCUAAAUUAUCCCAGCUUUACAUUGUAAGUUUUGCUGUGGUUUUCUGAAUGGGAGACUUUGUUCUAAGUCUGUCCAUUCUGUUGAGUCAGAACAGGUUAUGGACCACGAGGCUUCUGCCUUCGUGGUUAUCUGUCAACCUUCUCAUUGUUCAGUCUCUGUCAAAGGCUCUAGGGAUGUGUUGCUCACCCCAUACACUGAAGGCAUACACUUACAGCAUACCUAGUUCGCAUAACUUUUUGCUAGCAGUUAUCCAUGACUUGCUUGAGUGUAUGCAGUACCAUCUCAGGAAGGAAAGAGAAGGAAUAUUACUUUCUAAGAAAGACAGCCAUAUAUAGACACAUUUAGUAGGUUAAACUACUCUGAAAGAAUGUUUUGGUUCUUGGUUAACAAUGAAACUGGUUUUCCUCCUCUGUACUUGAUGUUUAAGGAUCUGAGACAGCUCACUAGUGGACAGUUAACAUAUUUAAUGUAACAAGAUGGGUAUGGUUGUCUCCAAGUAAAUUUGGAAUUCCUUUGUUUGUAUUUAAUGAAUUACCCUUCAAAUACUUAAAAAGUAGAUGCAAGUUCCAAAAACAAAGUUCUGGGUCUGAGUCUAAGCUCCAUUUUGUUCUUAGAACCUGUGAGGUUUUCCCUACAACCUGUGACUCAGAAAAUGAGAACAAAGUGCAGACCCAUGGACAUUCUCCUUUGCACUUAGGAUACAUUUACAACAUGUGAAGACACAGACGUGUGCUUGAAACCCAAGCUGUUCUUAAUGUGUAGAGAUCAGAAUAAAAGGAUAAAAGAUUGUGAAAUGUGGUUAAAAAUGUAUUUAUACUUGUGUGUCAAGUACAUAUUAAAAUUAGCACAAAUAGAAAGUUCUACUUUAAAGUAUAUCACUUAAGUAAAUAUUACUUUGCAUUAAAAUUUUACAUGUAAUCUCAUAUAUUGGCAAAAUUCAAAGGACUUUUCACUUGAGAAAUUUUCAGUCUUGUUUGAGGUGAGUGGGGUCACAGGGCUGUUAGGGAAGGGCCAGUGCUCCAAACAGUUAAACAGUUCUUAUGCAGAGGCCUUACUAAUUUAUACAUCAGUGAAUUUAUUUUUAAGAUUUUUCUGUUGGUUUUUGGAGAGUACCCUUAAUGUAAUGGUACAUCCGUCCACAUAGUCUUACCCUGGGCCAGAACUUUAAGAGAAGAAAGCCUGCACAGUUGAGGUGAGCUGGAGGCAAUGAGUUGAGCAGCUCUGUUGUGAAAUGUUACUUGAGAAGUAAUUAUUUUUAUAAAAAAAUUAUUUAUCCUUUGUCUUCUUGAAUAUAAUUUUACGGUUGUGAGUACUGAAAGACAUUUGCUUUGUUUCUAGCAAGUUUUCCACUGCCCCCUCCCCCACAAAAAACCCCAGCUUUAAGCUUACAUCUAAGAGUGUGUGCUGAAGAGGAGCCUAUUUUAUCAAUAAAGAUGAGUGUUUAAAACUGG